AUGGACAACGCAUCAUUCAAUGGUGACAUUAAUGGGUCCGAAAGGGCCAAAAAACGAAGAAGAAGCAACGAACAUUCUGUAAAAGAAGGGGAAAAAGCUAUCAAUAUUCAAGUUGUUGUGCGCUGCCGCGCAAGAAUCGAACGUGAAGUCGCCGCAAACUCGCCAAUUGUUGUACAAGCUACUCCCCGUGAAAUUAAAGUUUGGGCUAAUUCUCAGGAUAUGAUGCCGUAUAAAACUUUUACUUUCGAUAAAGUUUUUGGAUCAGAUGCUGAUCAAAGUCGAAUAUUUGAUACCAUAGUAAUUCCUAUAUUACAAGAAGUUAAAGCUGGGUACAAUUGUACUUUGUUCGCAUAUGGUCAAACUUCUACCGGUAAGACUUUCACAAUGGAGGGAAAACUUGACCUUUCUAAUGGAACCAUGAGUCCUGAUGCCGGAGUUAUUCCACGUUCCUUAUAUUAUAUAUUCGAUACUUUGGAGGCUGAGCAAGCUGAUUUUUCGGUUAAAAUAUCUUAUAUUGAGCUAUAUAAUGAAGAAUUAAAAGAUUUACUUUCCUCAGACAGUGAUAACCGACAAUUAAAGAUCCUGGAUGACGUAAAUAGAAAAUGUGUUCUUCAUGGUCACGAAGAAAUACUUAUAAAAAAUGCAGAAGAUGGGAUAAAUGUGUUAAAACAAGGAUCUAUAAAACGUCAAGUUGCUCAGACAAAUUAUAACAAGAAUUCUAGUCGAUCCCAUUCCGUAUUCUGCAUUACUGUUCAUAUUAAAGAAACGAUGCCUGAUGGGGAGGACUUAUUAAAAGUCGGAAAAUUCAACUUGGUAGAUCUGGCGGGGUCAGAAAAUAUUAGUCGAACUGGCGCAGAAAACCUUCGAGCGAAAGAAGCCGGAAAAAUCAAUAAAAGUUUGCUAACUCUUGGACGAUGCAUUAAUAGCCUCAACGAACAUAAUCAACAUAUUCCAUAUAGAGAAAGUAAGCUGACACGUCUUUUGCAAGAUUCACUUGGCGGUCACACAAAAACUUGCAUAAUUGCGACAAUAUCACCAGCAAAACUAAGUUACGAAGAGACUAUAUCUACAUUAGACUAUGCCCAACGUGCGAAAAAUAUUCUUAAUAAACCUGUUGCCAAUCAACGCGUCACUAAAAAAGCUUUGAUAAAAGAAUAUAUUGGUGAGAUUGAGCGAUUGAGAGCCGAUCUAUUAGCUGCCCGAGAGAAAAAUGGAAUAUAUCUAUCGCAGGAUACUUAUCAGAAUUUAGUGGAUGAAAAUCAAAUAUUUCAAGAAUUUAAACAUAUGAUGCUGUCCGUGACAUCACAAUUAGAAUCUAAAUAUAAUGAAAUAAAGUCUGUACAUAUUGGAUUUGGAGAAUUGAUAUAUAACAAGACAAGGGAGUUUAUGGAACGACGUGAAAACGAAAUUUCGGCUAUUGUAAAAUGCAUCGAAGAACGUAUUGAUCGAUCCAUACAGCAAAAAGAUCAGAUUAUUCAAAUAUUUGAUAAUCAAGAACAGGUUACUAUUAAUUUGAAUACUGAGUUAUCGAAAUUUCAAGAAGAAACACAAAAGCUUAUUGAUCAGAAAGGUCAGGAAUUACGAAACAAUUUGUCCGCGACAUUUGAUACAUUUCAGCAUGAAUUAUCAAAUCAAUUCGAAAAAAUGCGAUCAUAUCAAGUAAAAUUUGAAGAAGACAUAUCUUUCUUGAUGAAAACAGCACAGGAUCAUAUUGCAUUACAAAAUCAAGCAAUCGCUUCUUUCCGUAGUUUCACACAUGAAACAUCCAAUUCUCAAAUAGAUUGCAUGAUAGAGCAAAAACAUCUUUUGACACAGCUUGCAGAGGAAGAUGUUUUGAUGAGAAAAUCCAUGGAAGAAGAAGUUUUAGCCAAUGUGUUAGAAACACUUAAAAAAUAUGGAGAUGCACAUUCGGCUAAAAUUGAGAAUGUUAUUAGUACCGUUCAGGAUACAAUUCAAAAGAAUGUCGAUUCUGUCAAAUCGCUCAAUGAAGCGUGUACUAAUGCCGCAGAUGAAAUGAAUACGGCAAAUACUACUUAUUUAGUCAACUUUAGUAAUAAGUAUGAUGCUUCCAAGGAAAAUCUAUCAGCUUUAGAAAAUGGAAACCGGCUAACGCGUGUUGAUACCAUAGAGAAUAGCAUAUACACUCAACUAGACGAAUGCAAAGAUGUAUUUAAAUCGAAGAUAUUAUCGUUGGAUACAUUUGCAAGUGCCGCAGUUAAAGAGUCGUCAGAACUACAAAGACGACAUGUCCAGUCUUUCAAUUCAUUUGCUAUGGAUGUAACUCAAGGCUUUUCCGAAUUCCAGAAACAAUUUCUCAAAUCACGAGUAGAAUCUGAAAUUAUGACAAAGAACGUCUUUGAUUUGAACCAAGCUAAUACAAGUGCGGCUAGCGGUUUAUAUAACAAUUUUGCUAACCAAGUCCAUCAAUCUCGUGAAGAAAUUAGUUUGAUUGCAGAAAAGUUUAAUGAUCCUGACACUAAAAUUAGAACCCCUACAACAAAACGUAGUCAUUUUCUCAACAUCACAAAUCUUCCAUGA